UUAAUUUUCAAAGGGGUUCCCUGCUUCCGGCUAAGCUAAGGAUAAAAAUAGGGUAGUGAAGGAGGCCGACGCUUACAUUGAUUCGAUUCUGCGAGAAGGGAGCUUCCGGCUACGGCGAUAGCAGUGUCUUGAAGUCGAAGUCGAAGUCGACAUCCCGCGAGACCGUUGAUUAGGUUCCGAUUUCCAAAGAUAAAUAGGCUGAGAGUUUCCACAAAGCUAUUCCAAGACAUCUGUAGUUCGAGUUAGUCUUUGCUGGUCACUAAUCUUUGUUCAAACUUGGAAAAUUGUUCUGAGAGAGAAUAACAUGUCUGAAGCCGGAAGAGUGCAUCCGGAAUGUCGAAAUGCAUUGAAUCCUUAUCACGAAUGCAGCGAGUUUUGCUUCAAAAUAAUUGCCGAAGCAAAGAAACAAAUGAAACAAACAGAAACAGUGCUAAUGCAACCUGAAGAUUGUAGUCAUCAAGCCCUCUCAGCUGAUGACUCUAAUAGGGAUCAGAAUCCUCUAGUUGGAGAAGAAGUGAUCGAAAAUCCUUGCAAAGAGGUUUCUAACCUUACAGGGAGAGAGAAAAAGCUGUACAAGUUAAGGUUAAAGAUGAAUGAGGCAAGAAAAGCUAAUCAAACUGCCAUGGUGGCCGAGAAAAGAAAAAUGGAAGCACCCGAGGAGUCUAGGGGCAUGUCCAAGCAAAAAUGGGUUCAGGAAAAGAAGAAGAAAAUUGGAAAAUUGCUAGAGUCAAAUGGUUUGGACAUGAGCAAGGCAUACAUGCUAGACACACAAGAAUUUGCAGAGGCAAAGUAUAAGAAGUGGGAAAAGGAGCCUGCUCCAGCUGGUUGGGAUGUUUUUAAUCAGAAAACCUUAUACGAAGCAUACAAGAAGAGAACAAAAAACAUUGAGGUUGACCUUGAAGAGUACAGUAAAAUGAAGGAGGCUGAUCCAGAGUUUUACAGAGAAGCUUCAAGUCUUCAAUAUGGGAAGGCUCCAAAAGUUUCUGACGAUAAGAUUGAGAGAAUGGUGAAGGAGCUGAAGGACAAGGAAGAGAAGCGAAAAGCAUUUAGCAGGAGGAGAAGGUACCAUGAAGAGAAGGAUAUCGACUCCAUUAAUGAUCGCAACGAGCAUUUCAAUAGAAAGAUUGAACGAGCCUUUGGAAAAUACACGCUGGAGAUCAAGAACAACUUAGAAAGGGGAACUGCUUUGCCUGACUGAGGCGGUUACUUCAGGCUCCGACUAUGCGGUGGUCCCCGUGGUGGAUCCAGAAUCGUAUCUCACCCGUGGCACUCGGGGUAUAUACUCGGUUACAUGAGAUCCCUUGAAAUAUUUUGAAUGCUUGAAAUAUUAGUGUUUGUGUACUAGGACUUUUUUUACUGUUAUAAACUCUAUUAUAAUGUAAUAUGUAUUUGGGUUUAUUCGAUCAAUUGAAUCAUUUGUAAAAUUCAUUAGUAUGGAGUAUUAUCUUUACCAUUUUCCUUCUCUAUUUGACUAAUUUGAGUACCAUUUUUGAAGGAAAAAAUUUUGGUGGACCUA